AUGGUGUUCGACAAGAAUUUUCUCAACAAGAACAACAAAGUUAUCAAAAAAGCAUUUGAUUAUUAUUAUCGAUGUUUAAAAUUAGCUGAAAAUCCUGCUGAUUUACAUGAAAUUUAUUAUACUUUAUCAUGGAAUUUAUCAAAUAGUUAUUUUAUAAUAGCAAGAUCACAGAAAGAUUAUGCACCAAUGACUAAAAUUGAUAAACAAAUUAUUAAUUGUAUGACACGUGUAUUAAAAUAUCUUGAUGUUGAACUUAAUAUUCCAUCAUCAGACAGUUAUUCAUCAUUUGUUAAAUAUCGAGCUACAAGAAUUCAUCAUCGAUUAGUUUCUUUAUUGCAUAAUACUUUUCAUAUUCAAAAUAAUGCAGCUCGUCAAAAACUUUUACGUGUAUUUGAAUCAUUAGAUUAUGAAAAAGCUUUAGAAUUAUCUUCACCAAAUCAUUAA